AUGACCGAAGCAGCUGUUCUUAAGAUAGGCUUUCUAGGUGCUGGUGCUAUUAACUUUGGCCGUUCAAACUUGCCUUGGGACCACGCAUCGCGUCUAGAACAGCUCGGGGGCAUUGAUGUCAUUGGCAUCGUAGAACUGGAUGAAAAGUUGGCAAGAAAUGUUCUUGGAAAACGGCUGUCGUCUGCAAAGUAUGGUCAUUACUACAAGAAUUGCAAAAUCCUUAGCAACUACAAAGACCUCAUUGCAAUGCAACCGGAUGCUGUAUUCAUAGGGAUCCCUCCCUCUUUCAGGGGGACAUCUUCAGAAGGCAAAGAUCUCGAGCUUCAGUUCGCACGUGCAGGAAUACACGUGUUUGUGGAGAAACCUUUGUCUGUAGUACCCCCAGAGGAGUUUAUGUCCUAUGCAGAGGCUGUUACAGAGACAUGCAGAGAUAAAAACUUAAUAGUGUCUGUGGGAUACAUGUUCAGAUACCACGCUGGUAUACUCAAAAUGAAAGAACUAAUAAAGAAUCAUGGUGGAAAGAUAAUGGCGUUAAAUGCCAGAUACUAUGCUGCUUACACCGAUGGUGUCAGCAAAUACUGGUUCAAUGGAGACCUAAGCGGUGGACCAAUUAUUGAGCAGGCCACACACUUCUGCGAUUUAGCGCGGUUUAUCGUCAGUGACGUAGAUCUUCCGACUGUCCAUUCUCUCCAGCUCAAAGACUCUGAUCCAAGCGGCGCCGGACAUUUGGCGCACGUCCCUAAUCAUGAGGAGGAUAAAAUACCCCCUGAAAGAAGAAAUCCACGAGUAACCAUGAGUCACUGGAGAUUUAAGGAUGGCGGUUUGGGCACACUUGGACACUCGGCAGUCCUUCCAGGGAGAAGGUACGAAACAAAUAUAGAUGUUCAGCUUGAUGGUCUUAAACUAUCCCUCAUUGAGCCUUAUGGAAAGAACUGCAUUUUGAGGGUACGAAAUAUAAACAACACGGAUCCAAAUCAGGAUCAAGAUUUCACUUUUCCGACUGAUGAUUGCUAUCUAACAGAACUACAGGCUUUCAUGAAUGCUAUUCGAACAAAUGAUCCUUCUUUGAUAAAGAGUACCUACUCUGACGCAGCGCUUACAUAUCAGUUUACUUGGGCCAUCCAACGAGCCACUUGAAUUGUUUAUUACGCAUAAAGUUAAACGUAUGUUUUCGGUCAUCUAGUGCUGGGUUUCGAUUGAUCCGAAAUAUUUCUUGGAUAUAACCAGUUUAAUUACGUUUGUAAGAAUAUGUUAUUACUAAUACCACACUUUCGCAUAUUUCUACUUAAUACCAAUGUAUAUACGUUUUCAAAGAAAGACUUUGAAAUCCAAAGCUGUAAAUUGAAAAAAAUAUUUAGAAAAUAUACGUUGAGGAAAAAAAUCUUAAAUGUGCCCUUUUAAUGUGCUCUUAAAUUUGAGACAGAGCUGUGUGUGUGUGUGUGUGUGUGUGUUUGUGUGUGUGCAACUUAUAUUCAUUUGAUUACGUCAUUUCCUCUUGUCCUUCAUAAAACCAAGUCCCAUAAUCAUG